GCCUCGGUGUAAUCGAGGGGAAUGGCAACCAUCAGGAUGCUGUCCUUGCGUUCAGUGCGCAAGAUUGCACACUCUGUGAGGGAUGUGUCAGGGAUGUGCGUGUGUGUGUGUGUGUCUGUGCGUGUUUGUGCCUGAAACAUAUUGUGGCGUGUCUUGGCUCGCUCGCUAGCAACUCGGCUCUACCAACGGUACCUGGGAGCAUCUUUUGUUAGAACCUCUUCAACUGUCAAACGAUUGGGGAGAAAUGUGCUUCCACUGAAUGCAACCACCACCACCACCACCACUACCAACACUGUGAGCCUGCCUGGUGUUGGUCUGACGGAUGGUACAGUACAGUACAGUACAGUACAGGACGGUACAGUGCUGGCAAAUGUACGGGAUGGUCCCAUAUCAAUGGACGGUUUCGUUCAAGGUUAUGAGCGUCUGUCAGGCUUGUCAGGUCAGAGAAGCGCAGCAUGUUGGAGGCAUUGGCAUGACAGGAAACACUCUUAAACGCUUGCACACAGACAAAGGAGCUGGAGCAGUAGUACGGGUGCACCUACACACACACACACACACACACACACACGCACACCCAGUAGUGCAGUCGGUGUGCAUCGUUUCGGAAGCGUUUCACGUGUUUCCAUGGAUGUUGUUGUACCAGCAGCAGCAGCAGCAGCAGUAGCAGCAGGAGAAAGGCUCGGCAGAACAUGGUCCCAUGGUCACAUGGCCAAUUGCCACGCCACUUUGCACCCCGGCGCUGUUGUAAUUUCGUUGGAACACUUGAACGUGAUUUCUGGCACAAAAGAUGGCGCAUCUCGCAUGCGUUUGGCGAGAAAUAAUGAGAAACAACUAGCGACUUCCGCGACUGCGACGAUUCGCGCGGUUCGCCAGAAACUGAAGUAAGGGGCACUUUACUUUUAUUCACUUAUCUACGUUUUAAUUAUGAACCGGAGCUGGCUGCCGCGGCGGUUUUGCUGCUGGUGGUACACACUCCGAAAGUGUGUUGUGGAAUCCAUUAGGUUGGUACCGGUUUUGGUUUUUGCUAAUUAUACCACUAAUGAGCCUGCCAGGAUUACGUUCUUGGAAAGAAUUGUACGCACCACUCCGGCAACGUGGUAGAUGAUACUAUUCGGUAAAAUUAAACCUGAAUUGCUUAUGUUCCUUUUGUGUCCAGUGUUGAUGUUCAAAUGAUAAAUCAUGUCGGGUGUGUUGUGUAAGAACCGGUGAUCAUACAAGUAACGGCAAGCCGUUGUAGUGCUUGCAUGUUUGACAGACGCUAAUCGUUGCGUGUGAUCUCGUUGUGCGUGUAAGCUUGCUUUCAAUAGUCGCACGUACAACUCAGAUGAUCGCAGCUUAUGUAAUCAGUGCACCACUUGCACCGCUUCUAGCACUGUCCAGGGAGGAAGAUUGGUGAAGGAGGAGAGAGAGAGAGAGAUCAAGCAAAAGGUCUCACGCCAGCUCUACGAGAAGGUUCGAGUGUUCGAUGCGUUCCGUUUGGUACAAAAAACAAAAGAAUAAUAAUGUUAUUACUAAUAAUGAUAAUACUAACAAAUAAAUGAAAGUUAAACAGUAAUCGUUAAAUCGUGGUCGUUUUAUGAUGUUGAACGCAGUAGCGCAGAGUAGUAGUGCAGAGUGAUAGUUGUUGAGCUUUCCUCCCAAUCCCCUAGCCCCCCCCCCCCCCCCCCCUCCGAUCUAUACCCACGCUGUACCUCCAGUUGCGCUGUGCUAGCUGGCUGGUUGAUUGGUUUGUGCAGGGCAUAAUACAUGUAUUAGUAAGAGAUGGAAGGUAGGAAGCGGCACAGCUCAACACGUUUGUACAUAUCGUUGUAAUGUCACCAUGUAGAAGAGGGUACCGAUACUAAGGGCUGUGUUGCGCUGUUGUGCACUGCCGGGGCCGAGGCCAGGGCAAAAGACCGAGAACAGAGGAUUGAAGGCAGCAAAAGCCCAUUAAUCAAUCGAAGAGCUCGUGGCUCGUGUGUGUGCGCGUGUGUGAGUGUGUCGGCAUGUGCAGGCCAAACGGAGGGUUGGAGUUUUGGUGAAACAGAGAAAUGAAACAAAUAAAAGAUCCUACUGACUC